GGUACCGGAAGUGGUUGUGUUACGAGUCCCACUGCUGUCAGUCCACCCGGCCGAGCUGCGGUCCAGCGUUGUGCAGUUUGUUAGCAAACAUGAGCGACAAAGGUCUGUCGGACGAGGCAGCAAUAGCAGCUUGUAAAGAUGGAGACCCGGUUACUAGGGAUUUUGUGAUGCAGCAGACUAUGCUGCGGGUUAAAGAUCCAGUUAAAUCCUUGGAUUUCUACACCAGAAUCCUCGGCAUGACGCUCCUGCAAAAGUUUGACUUCCCCUCCAUGCGUUUCUCUCUCUUCUUCUUGGGCUACGAGGACAAGAAGGAGAUUCCUACAGAUGUAAAGGAGAGGACGGCCUGGACCUUUUCCAGAAAAGCCACCAUUGAGCUGACACAUAACUGGGGCUCCGAGUCUGAUGAAAGCCAGUCUUAUCACAAUGGAAACUCAGAUCCACGUGGCUUUGGACACAUUGGAAUUGCAGUUCCCGACGUCUAUGCAGCCUGCAAAUUGUUUGAAGAGCAAGGAGUCACAUUUGUCAAGAAACCAGAUGAUGGUAAAAUGAAAGGUUUGGCCUUCGUUCAGGACCCUGAUGGCUACUGGAUUGAGAUCCUGAGUCCCAACAACAUGGUGUCCAUUACCUCCUAAAAAAAACUCUGACAACAUGCUAACUGCUGCAGUGCAUACAGGCAAGACCGACUGUCGCUUCACUGGGAGAGCAGAGUGUUGGGGUUUAGUGAAGAAUUUAGCAACAUGCGCCGGGAACCUGAGGGGAAAAGGAGCGGGAUCACUUGCACAAUGGCAAUCAGUGUGCCGUGCUAUGGGCUGGACAGUUGAUGAGCAAAUCAUUAGAUACUGAUUAGAUACCUGAGUUAUUGCUACAAAAAGCAACUACUUUGUGUAGCUGUUGAGUUUGUUUACCAUCUGCAGUUUGUAUGUCUUCAAAAAGUGAUGCUGAAAUAAAGUGUUGUUUGUGAAAUAAAUGUGAAAGACACCAUUCAAAUUAAA